ACCAUGGCGGAGGUAGAUUCAGACACCCAAAGCGAAGGUCGCCCGCUGAUUUACGAGUUUGAAGACCAGCAACUACUGGAUCUUGCGGAGGAACUCAGCCAUUCCAAUGCCGCUAUCAAAGCAGAGACAGAAGUGUUUGAGAGGUACUUCUCUCGGAUUGACCCCAAGGACCUGUUGCCACAGCCCUUGGCAGAGCAGCCUCUUCUUGGCUUGUCCGCACAGGAAUUUUCCCAGUUCCGAGGCCGGCGCAAGUCAAAGAGCCGCUCCAUGACAGCAGAGCGAUUGGUCCGGCUGACCGUGGAGCAGAAAUGCGAUGUUGCCCAGCGGGAGCUGGAGGAGAUGAGAGAUGCUCUGGAGAGACUGAAGGAGGGAUCCGAGCGAGUUCUCAGCAACUACAAGGCCACCGUAGAAGAAAGUGAAAUCCGAAUGUGUGAGUUGAAGAAAGCCUCAUACGAGUUUGACCGAGACAUCGGGAGAUCGAUGCUUGAGAGGAAGGGGGUCAUGAUGGGGGCGGAGAAAGUGAUACGCUACAUUGAGGACAAGUCCCGAACAAAGGAUACACUCAUAGAGAAGCUACGGCUCAAGAAAGCAGCCCUGAAGGUGCAGAAGAGGAAGCUGCAGAUGCAACUCAAGCAGAAAGAGGAGAUGGGUGAGGCUCUGCACGAGGUGGAUUUUCAGCAGCUGAAGAUCGAGAACAGCCAGUACCUGGAGAAGAUUGACGAGAGGAACCAGGACCUGCUGGGGCUGAAACUGCUGGCUGGGAACACCCUGCAGGUCCUCAAUGCAUACAAGAAAAAGCUGCAGAAUAUGACCUCAGAGUCAAACAAUCUGACCAGCGAGCUUUUAUCAAGGAAGGAAAUGCUGAUGAAAAUAGCGGCUGAAACGAUACAAGUAGAGGAGGAGCGUUCCAAGGCAGAGACCAUGAACAAAAGGCUGCGAGGCCAGCUAUCAGAUUACCAGGUCCCCAAUGUCCUGGACUACGUCACUGGGAAAGCCAGCCACAGUGAUCUGGAGCAAAGUGUUCACAUCUGGGAGCGUAAGGUAGAGAUCUCAGAGAUGGCUUUGAAGACACACAUCCAGACAUGGAACAAGCUGAAAAUGGCAAAUGGCAGAGCCCUGGACUGGCCUCAUGUCUAAAGGAGAGCUCAGCUGGCAAUUCUCCCCCAGAGACAAUAAACAUACCAGAAAGGACAUCAAAUCAUCAGCCAGAACGCAGAGCAAAAGACUCAUUUUGUAACAUUCAUUUGUUCAAUCCUUUAAAAAAAACACAUAAUUUAUUGAGCAAUAUAUUGUUGUUAGUUAUGUUACUUGCUACGGUCAAUGAGACACUCGGUCCACAAGAAAUCAAAAUGAACGAUACUUCGCUAUUACACCAGAUCCCCAUUCACAACAGUGCCAUCUUACACUGUACCAGAUGGGUAAUUCAGCCUUACAUAACACAUAACUUCUACAUAGUUGCCUAUAGCUCUAAACACUGACCUUGGAACUACCAAGGACAUUUCUUCUGCAAACAUACUGACUGCAAUAAACAGUAUGUGGGUAAAACCACCAAUAACCUGCUACUGGUUUCAGAAGCCAUAAUUACCAAAAAGCUGGAUCAACCGGUUACAAAGCAAGUUCAACUCUCAAAACCAUACCCUGCUGAUAUGAAGAUUGUUCCAAUGGAAAAAGUGCACAAUCCUAACACAGAUAAACGGGACAAUAGAAACAGUAAAACAACAACAACAACAAAAUCUUCAAUAGUAAGGCCAUCCCCCCUAUGAAAGCCACAUUUUGUUGGUCCCUCGACUGGCCUUAAUAAAUCUGAAAUCUAAUUACUGUCUGGAAUCUUCUGUUCUAUCAGUUUUACUCGAGAGGACUAUAAAUGAGCAUAUAUCUCCUGUCCUUACUUCGCUCCACUGGCUGCCAGUCAAAUAUAGGAUUGAUUUUAAGGUUUUAUUACUAACUUAUAAAUCCUUACAUUCUUAAGGCCCUGCCUGUCUUAGGGAUCUCCUUCAGUACCACAUAGCUAAACGAAAAUUGCGAUCUGGUAACAGUGUUGUUUUGUCUGUGCCUAGGACUCGUCUGCACACUGUGGGUGAUCAGGCUUUCUGCUCUCUAGCCCCACGCCUAUGGAACGCCCUGCCGGUCUAUUUGAGAAAUUGUGACUCAGUUGAUGUUUUUAAAUCUAAUCUUAAAACUUAAGUCUUUCGAUUGGCUUUCUGUAAUUGAUUUGUUGUUUUUACUGUUUGUCUAUUGAAAUGUUUGUUUUUAUGCUGCUUUUUGAAGUGCUUUGUGAUUUUUAAAUGAAAAGCACUAUAUAAAUAAAAUGUAUUAUUAUUAUAAUUAUUAAGUAGUAUGUCUAAAAUACCAAUUGAACAUUAAAACUAA